GAUAAGUUUGAACACAUUUUUCCCAUCGGUACUUUUUCAUUAACCUAAACUGUUCUGACUAACUAAAUUGUUUGAUAAUUGUGUUUAUUAAGUGUAAUUGCUUUAUUUUAGUAUUUAAAUUAAACCUAGUCAUUUAUUUUUGGGUCAAGUUGUUAUUUAUCUCGGAUGCCAAUAUACUUUUUAUACUCUAACAGUGAUUGAACUCUUUUUCGUCUCCUAUUACAUGAAAUGAUUAAAGCUAAGAUUAUAUCCUUUUCUGAUUGUACCCGGUUACUUAGCUCAUCCUUUAAUGGUUAUUUACCUUGUUUGGUUUUCAUCGAUAAAAAAGGUUUCUCUGGCUUAAAGAAUCUAGGAAUUUAUUCAACGUGUUCUGGUUAUUCAUCUCCUUUAUUCCAUCAAAAGAGGUGGUUCAAAGGAGACAGAAGUAGUUUAAACGGCGGAGAACGCAAAUCAUAUGGUAUCGGAGGUCUAUCCAGAAAGGAAGAGAAAUCUUUAUUAAAAAAACUAUUAGAUGAGCUCAAUUUGAAGAAAACUAAGGAGACGAUACCAAAUAUCGAACAAUCUAAUGAAAGAUUUCGCCAAAUAAUUAGAGAUGAAAAAUUGACUCCGGAAGAAGUUCAAAGACUUCAGAUUUCUUUCGCUGAGGGCUAUGUUGCAGCCGAAGGAAAGCCUAGAUCGACUAAGAAGCCUUUUAAGACUCGACUGAAAGAAUAUUUAUUUUUUGCAAUGGUAAUGACCUUACCUUUGUUGAUAUUGAUAGAAAUAUCAGCUCGUCCUUUCCGAAGAGUAUUGAUUGGUAGUGGCAAUCUUGUUAGUCCGGAAGAAAUUGAUGUUACUUUUGCAGAUGUACGAGGAGUAGAAGAAGCUAAGCAAGAGCUCCAAGAGAUAGUAGAAUUUCUCAGAAAUCCAGAUAAAUUUUCAGCCUUAGGAGGAAAACUUCCUAAAGGUGUUUUGCUUGUUGGACCUCCUGGAACUGGUAAAACUCUACUCGCUCGAGCGGUUGCUGGUGAAGCUGCUGUUCCUUUUUUUCAUGCUGCUGGACCAGAGUUUGAUGAGAUUCUUGUAGGGCAAGGUGCUCGGCGAGUUCGUGAUUUAUUUGCCACAGCGAAGUUGAAAGCACCUUGUGUUGUGUUUAUUGAUGAAAUAGACUCAGUUGGAGGUAAAAGAACGAACUCAGUACUUCAUCCUUAUGCCAAUCAGACAAUCAAUCAACUUUUGACUGAAAUGGAUGGUUUUCGUCAGAAUGAAGGUGUCAUUGUGCUUGGGGCAACUAAUAGAAAAGAAGAUCUUGAUAAAGCUCUUUUAAGACCUGGUCGAUUUGAUGUUGAAGUUCAUGUUCCAGUACCUGAUUUGAAAGACCGAGAAAAUAUAUUUGAUCUUUAUCUUAGUCGAAUUAAAUUGGCCCCGAAUGUUGAUUCAAAGCGUCUUGCAAAGAGAACGAUUGGUUUUACUGGCGCAGAUAUUGAAAAUAUGGUCAAUCAAGCAGCUUUAAGAGCCGCUAUCGAUGGUAAAUCUUCAGUAUCUAUGGAAUACUUUGAAUCAGCUCGAGAUAAAGUUGUUAUGGGUCCUGAACGAAAAAAUAAAAUACCAGAUGAAGAAGCUAACAAGAAUACAGCUUAUCAUGAAGCUGGACACACAUUAGUCGCAUUAUAUACCAAAGGUGCGGACCCCCUUCAUAAAGUUACCAUAGUGCCUAGAGGACUUAGUCUAGGGCAUACUGCUCUAAUGCCUGAUAGAGAAAAAUAUUCCAAGACUAAAAUGGAAUACUUGGCUGAUCUUGAUGUUUUAAUGGGAGGUCGAGUUGCUGAAGAAAUUAUUUUCGGCUCAGAAAAAGUAACUCCUGGAGCAUCUUCCGACUUUAAACAUGCAACCGAUAUUGCUACUAGUAUGGUUAAACAUUUUGGAAUGUCAGAAAAGGUUGGUGUUCGAUUUUUUGAAAAUUCACGAGAUGGAUUAGUAGUUAUGAAUGAUAUUUCAAAUUCAACUUCUGAAUUGAUAGAUAGCGAAAUUAAAAGAAUAUUACAGGAAUCUUAUGAUAGAGCUAAACAUAUAUUGUUAUCUAAAGCGGACGAGCAUCAACGUUUAGCAGAAGCAUUACUCAAAUAUGAAACAUUAGAUUCUGACGAAGUUGCAUUAGUCAUCCAAGGAAAAGAUCCAAGGGUACUGAAGAGGUAGCUCUUUUAAUCAGGAAAUUGUUUUCUCUUCGUUUAUCUCAUGGAUUCUUCACACUUCUUCUAGUUUUUCUGGUAGGAGGUUUCAAAGUGUUAGUCAUAAGCAAUGUAUUUUUACAAAAUUGAGUGUAUUGAGAACCAUCCUUAACUGUGAGAUUUUUUUUCUCUAGCUGUAAAUGUUGACAGCAAUAAUGAGCGAAACAAAUCAAAAAUAUGUGAAGAAUUGUAUUUUGUAACAGUCAGGACGAAAGCUGGUAAAAGAUCGAUUACCAAUGUGAUAUUAGAAUAAUAUCUUCAUUGUUUUCUUUCUAUUAAAGACUGAAACAAAUUAUCAUGUCA